AUGCAUGAACACGGGAUCGCGCAUCGUGAUUUGAAGGUUGAGAAUAUACUGGUGGCGCGGGACGGCACGGUCAGAGUGAUUGAUUUCGGCAGCGCAGCCGCAUCUCGCGAUAUGCUUACGGGAGCGCGAGUGGCAAGCUGGGCGAAUUGGAUUGGGACCCCGGUUACGAUGGCGCCGGAAGUGCAUGGGGAGCGGUUUUUUGAUAUGGAGAAGGCGGAUGUGUGGGCACUUGGGGUGGUGUUUGUGAGGUUGUGGUUAGGGGUGUAUCCUUGGGAGCCGGAGAUGGUGUUGGGUGGGCUGGAGGAAAAUGGAGCGUUUGGUGUUUAUCUGGAGGAAGUUGAGGAUGGGAGGGAGUGUGGGGAGAGGGAAGAUGAGGAUAGGUUGUUGUGCCAGAUACCGUCUGAGAAAGCGAGAAGCGUGAUUGCGGCGAUGCUGGAGGUUGAUCCGAUAAGAAGGAGUACUUUGCCGGUGGUGCUGAAUAGUGCUUGGCUUAGGGAGGCGUUUAGUCAUUUGUUGAAGUAUGCAUCUACUUGA